AUGGCCACCGAAAUGGUUGGAGGCCAGAGUGACGAUGUUCAUCAGGUUCCAGCCCACAUCCCUCCGGCCCCAAUGGACGACUACAUGUUUCCGGAUCUGCGCCUCAAGCGCAAGAUGACCGACCCGGAGAAGACGCCGCUUUUGCUGGUCGCUUGUGGCUCAUUCUCCCCGAUCACCUACCUCCACUUGCGAAUGUUUGAGAUGGCUGCCGACUACGUCAAAUUCAGUACCGAAUUCGAACUCCUUGGUGGCUAUCUAUCGCCCGUGUCAGACUCUUAUCGCAAGGCGGGUCUCGCCAGCGCAGAAGAUCGAGUAGCAAUGUGUCAACUAGCGGUGGAUCAAACCUCCGACUGGCUGAUGGUGGAUACGUGGGAGCCAACUCAGAAAGAGUACCAGCCGACCGCCGUCGUCCUGGAUCAUUUUGACCAUGAGAUCAACACUGUUCGCGGCGGUGUUGAAGCUGCUGAUGGAACCCGCAAGCCCGUUCGCAUUGCCCUGUUGGCAGGUGCCGAUCUGAUUCACACAAUGUCCACCCCGGGCGUCUGGAGUGAAAAGGAUUUAGAUCAUAUUCUUGGCAAAUAUGGCUCUUUCAUUGUGGAACGCAGUGGCACCGAUAUUGACGAGGCUCUGGCCAGCUUACAGCCUUGGAAGGACAACAUCUACGUCAUUCAACAGCUUAUCCAAAACGAUGUCAGUAGCACCAAGAUCCGUCUCUUCUUGCGACGUGAGAUGAGUGUCCGAUAUCUUAUCCCUGUCCCUGUCAUCCAUUAUAUUGAGCAACAUCACCUCUAUGAAGAUGAUGGUACCGCCAACGAAAAGGGCAAGGAAAGACAGGAAGCUGGCAAGUCAGGUUGA